AAUUUCUAGGUCUCGAUUUAUGACAAAAUAGACCCCUGGUCUACCUCGUCUAUGCUUGGUAUUGCAAUUCGUAUUGCCCAACGUAUGACAAUUCAUAGUGAGUCGGCCUUGGCUAAAUGUACGGUCUUCGAAGCCGAGCUUGGUCGCAGACUAUGGUGGGCGCUGGUUCUUUGGGAUUGCAGAGUACCUCUCAGUUUGAAUGAUUCCGAUCUCCGACCUGAGAUGAAGGAGCCGCCAAAUGUCCAGAGAACCCCCACUGAUGCGCUUUUUAUUGUCGUCCGAAGCGAGCUCGGGGACUUUAACCCGGAAUGUCCUUCCAUGUUUUGCGUAUUGUGACCUGUUUCAAACCCUAAGCGCUAAGUGUCACGCACCUAGACUCACUCUAGUUGUCACUGGCUGUGUCAAGGAGCGAUAUGAUGAUGUGAAC